UCACGGUCUGACCCCAUGCUCCUUGAUUCAAUCCUCCUGCCUCGUCUCUCCUCAGAUGAGCAGUUUGUACUGAAGAGAGUGGCAGACAGUGCGAUUGAUCUCUACGCCAUGGUGGUCGUGCUUUCCAGAGCAUCCAGAUCGCUGAGUCAAGGCCACUCCUCCGCCCAGCAUGAGAAGGUUCUGUGUGAGACCUGGUGUAUCGAGGCUCACCACAGGAUCAUGAAUGACAUGAAGGCUCUCCAGUCGAGCUCCUCGAAGAGGCUCUUCAAGAACCUGCGCUCCAUCUCUACUGCCGUGGUGGAGAACGGGGGUGUCUUGUCUCCCCACCCCCUGGGCUUCUAGAGCAGAGCGCCCUUCCCUUCACCUCCUGGGCUUCUAGAGCAGAGCGCCCCUCCCUUCACCUCCUGGGCUUCUAGAGCAGAGCUCCCCUCCCUUCACCUCCUGGGCUUCUAGAGCAGAGCGCCCCCCCACACCCCUUCACCCCCUGGGCUUCUAGAGCAGAGCGCCCUCCUCUUCACCCCCUGGGCUUCUAGAGCAAAGACUUCCCCUUCACACCUUUUAUAAGAACUCUGCGCUCGUUUUAAGAAAUCCUGCACUUGUUCAAAAGCCCUCGAAUGCUUCAGGCAUGACCUACAGACAAAGAAGUUCAUCUGUUUCUUUUCUAUUAGAAAUAUGGACCUGAAUUAACAUUAAAAACAAAACACAA